AUGACUAUCCGUGGUACUACCUCUACUUUUACCCCCGAGGUGCUGAUUUCUGCACCUCGAAGAUCAGCAGCAACGCCAAACGCAGACGGUAGAUUGGCAUUGUAUACUGUGUCGACUUAUUCUUUCCAAUCCCAUUCCAAGGGCGCUAAAAUCAAUGUCUUAGAGAUAGACACUGGUAAAACUUCAACUCUGAGCGAUGAUUUGAGUGACAGUGAGCCAGUGUGGCUGGGAUGGAAGAAUGAGGUAGUAUGGUUGAGAUCUGGAGAGAAAGGAGCUACGCAUUUGGUACUUGCCGAUGCGGAUGACCUGGAAAAGGAGCCAAAGAUAAUCACGACAUUCGAUGGCGCUAUCUCCAACAUAAAGAUUACAGCUCUUGCCUCGAACGUUGCGGGCAUAGCUGUUACCGGUUUGGCAACUCCAUCUGGAAAGCUAUAUAACGCUGCGAUAGCCAAAAAGCCUUUGUCAACAGCUAAGACAUACUCGAAGCUAUUUGUGAGAGAGUGGGAUGCAUGGGUUACGGAGAAUAAGAGUGCUAUCUGGUACGGAACGAUCACAAGAAGCAAGGAUUUCGGAAAUGUUGAAUUUUCUGGACUGGCAAAUGCUUUGACCGGCCAUAAGAUCUCUCUCGAAUCUCCAGUGCCACCUUUUGGAGGAACAGGAGAUUUUGAUAUCAGUAAAAAUGGUAUAGUUUUCGUUGCCAAAGAUCCCAAGAUUGAUCCAGCCAACUUUACGAAAACCGAUCUAUACUACAUUCCCCUGAAGACAUUUACAGAGUCUCAGGCCCCGACGCCCCAGUUGAUCGAGACUGGUAGCCUGAAGGGUUAUAGUCAAGGGCCGGUGUUCUCACCAGAUGCGAAGUCGGUGAUCUUUACAAGAAUGAAGAAUAUACAGUACGAAAGUGAUAAAACAAGACUUUUAUUGAUACCUGAUAUUACUGACCUCACAAACGUGCAAGAAUUUUUUGAGACAGAGGACGGGAAGGGUGGAUGGGACCUGAAACCAGAGAAUGUUACUUUCAGUAAGGACGGGAAGACGAUAUAUGUAACAGCAGAGGAAGACGGGCGAGUAAAACUGUUUAAGCUACCAGCAUCUCCACGCCAUGCUACGGAGUUACCAGAAGCUCUAACCAGUAACGGAGCUGUUACGGAUAAACAAGUUCUUCCAGAUGGUAAUUUGUUCCUCAGCGGGAGUUCAUUAAUUGACAACAGCAUUUAUUCAAUCAUCAACCCCUCCAAGCCGUUUGAGAAUAUCACUGUUUCAUCGAGUUCGGAUGAAGGAAAAGCUUUCGGACUUUCACAAAACCAGGUUGAUGAGUUCUGGUAUACAGGAGCCGAAGAUUACAAAGUCCACGCUUGGGUAUUCCGACCUUCAAACUUCGAUAAAAACAAGAAGUAUCCUCUCGCUUAUCUCAUUCAUGGUGGACCGCAAGGCGCCUGGAAUGAAAGUUGGAGCACGCGCUGGAACCCCGCAGUAUUUGCUGAGCAGGGCUACGUUGUGGUGACUCCAAACCCUACAGGAAGUACCGGGUAUGGCAUGGCCUUACAGGAUGGUAUCAAAGGCCAAUGGGGAGGACGUCCAUACAUAGACCUUGUGAAGGGAUUCGAGUACAUCGAGAAGAACUUAUUCUACGUCGACACCGACCGUGCUGUUGCCUGUGGAGCCAGCUACGGCGGCUUCAUGGUCAAUUGGAUUCAAGGCCACGAUCUGGGUCGCAAAUUCAAAGCUCUCGUAACUCACGACGGUGUUUUCUCAACCCUGAACCAAUAUGCAUCCGAAGAGUUGUUCUUCCCUCAUCAUGAUUUCGAAGGAACACUCUGGGAUAAUCCUGAAGGGUAUCAGAAAUGGAACCCUGCCAAUCACACUGCAAACUGGGAAACCCCUCAUCUUAUUAUUCAUAACGACUUGGACUAUAGAUUGCCCAUUUCAGAGGGAUUGGCCCCUUUCAACGUGUUGCAGACGCGUGGAGUGGACAGUAGAUUUUUGACGUUUCCAGAUGAGAAUCAUUGGGUGCUGAAACCUGAGAAUUCCAGAGUCUGGCAUAAGGAGGUUCUUGACUGGAUUAAUAAAUAUAGUGGUAUUUCCAAGGAGAAUGAGGAGUUGAGAAAGGGGAUUGAGAAAUUGAGUGUGAUCUGA